GGAGAGUUGUCCCGGGUGGGGAAGCUUUGAGGAGUGGUCUGCUCGCGUCCAAGUUCAGGCUAGCGGAGAGGCUUGGUCCCUCGGCGGCCUCGGACAUUUGAAGCUUCCUUGGUGUGGGGAUGUCCCUUUUCACCGUGCUGCGCGAUGGGGGCAGCCGAAGAGAGAAGGAAGCUCGGCGUGGAACACCUGGGGCCUGGAUUCCGAGGCACAGCCAGGCCCGCUGGGACACCUGAAGGAUUGUCGUCUGUGUGAUGGACGGGGCUGUGUGUCCCCCCCACCCCACCCCACCCUUUCCCUUGUCAGAGCCGGGACUGAUAAAGGGAAAAGGGGGAGAAAACCCCGCUUCCCCGGCCGCCCAGUGUUGUGGACUUUACGACGCCCUUACCCAUAACCCGACCUUAGCACUAGGAAUUUGGGACACAGGGAGGUCUCCACACUUCUGGCCCACCGUAGAGGCUUGAAACGCCAAUUGCAUAUUUCAGAACGGCAGUGUGUCGUGUUCUUGAGCAGAUAUUUAGGAGGUACGACAACUGACUUCUGGCUGCACACGUUCUAGCCCUCGUUUUCCUCCAUUUUUGAAAAGGGCUUGUUCAUAGACCACUGGUCGGUCGGGGAAUACUGUCUACGAGAAAGACUGUUUUCGUUGUUUGUCCUUUGAAAUAAUAAAACGGAUUGUACUGCAUGGAUCAAGAGACUCUUAGGCUCAAAACUGAACAGUGACUUUGAAACAUUAUUUGCGACAUCUUUAAAAGAAAAUGGUCAGAGUAUGAGGAAUCCUUCCAUAGUUUCCAAAGCCGUUACGAACAUUUGCUUUGUGCCCUAUCCAAAAAAAUAAAAAUUGCACGUUUGGCAGGACAUAUUUAAGAGGCUCUGAACGGUGAAACUUAAACACUAAAACUAAUGUUUUGAAUGUUUAAUUUUUUUUCUACUUAAUCAGACUUGGGUAGUUAACCUAAAUUUAUACCUGUGAUUUUUAAAGUUAGCUUUCUUGUAAUUCUUAAAUUUAUUAGGCUCAUAAGAAAACUGAUGAAAAGUAGACCCACAGUGUAAAUAUUUUUUCCCCUGUACGUAGUGUGUAGGUAAGAACUGCGACUUUUAGCAGUCUAAUGAUCCAAAUAAAAUUCCUUGAUCCAAGCCUCAAAAAUGGCUUCUUGAAUUUGGCAGUAUGAACAUUGUAAAAGUAGAUAAUUAAUAUGAGUUUUUUUCCGUUUUUUUUUUUCUUCAGAUUUUAUGGGAUGUUUAACAGCAACCCAGAUUUCUCUCCAUUAGAUACCAGUAGGAUGUCAUUCCUAGCUGUAAGAAAGGGGGUAGGGAGGGGCUUUACACACUUUUACACACUGUCAGCAUAUCCCCUGAAGAGAAAGCCCUGCCUUGUUAAAACCUUAAGGAAAUGACAGGAUCUUCCUAAUUGGAAUAGUUAGGUUUGUGUCCCACUAACACGCUGUAACUUUGUCUCUUAAUGCCUGGAAACUCUCGUUAAAAAAUCAUCUUUGUUAUUCAGAUUCCGCUUUCAGUGCCUUGAAUUCCAACUCGCCUCCCAUUCUGUUUUGGAAUUGUGAUGUCUUUCCAUAUGCUCUACUUGGAAUUCAUGUAUAUUCUUUUGCAAACAUUGCUGAAGCAUCUCAAAAUGGAAUCACUUUUGAGCUUGGUUACUUACAACAAGAAAACCUCACAUCUACUUGCCAGACUUUUAUUUUGGAAAGUUCAAAUUUAAAAGAAUAUGCAGAACACUGUACUGAUGAAGGUUUUAUUCCAGCCUGCUUACUGUCCUUAUUUGGAAAAAACUUGACAACAAUUUUAAAUGAGUAUGUAGCUAUGAAAGCAAAAGAAACAUCAAAUGAUGUCCCAACAAUAAUGUCAUCUCUGUGGAAGAAGCUGGACCACACGCUCUCUCAGAUCAGGAGCAUGCAGAGUUCUCCAGGGUUUGCUGCCCAUCAGAGAGCUCGAACAAGAAAUGGAAUUGCAGAAAUCAAGCGGCAGCGAUGGCUGGCAUCUCAAGCAGCUCCCGUUAGCUCAGAGUUGCUGGUUUUACCUUACGCUUCAGGACAGUUCACCACUUCUCCUUUGGCAGCCACACAAACUAUCAAACCAACUGGACAGAUUUCAACUCCAGUGAGGUCAAAUAUUGUGGUGGUCAACCAUUCACAGACACAAAAUACUGUAACUAAUACAGCUGGAGAAUCUUUGAAUAUCAUUCCUGGUCCUCAGGAAAGGAAAACUCAAACCAGUUUAAUGUCUCCUGGUAGACGUAAAAGUGAAUCACAAAAGAAGAGUCUCCCGUCAUCUGGAGCACAUUCAUCAAGGAAUCUUCAGGAUCCAAAUGCAUUUGCAGUAGAAAAACAAAUGGUCAUUGAAAAUGCAAGAGAGAAAAUAUUAAGCAACAAAUCUCUUCAAGAAAAACUAGCAGAAAACAUAAAUAAGUUUUUGACUAGUGAUAGUAAUAUUGCUCAAGUACCUAAACAGACAGAAAGCAGCCUGACAGAGCCAGAAACGUCAAUUGAUGAACUCCUAGGACUUCCGAGUGAAAUCCACAUGUCUGAAGAAGCAAUACAAGAUAUACUGGAGCAGACAGAAUCAGACCCAGCCUUUCAGGCACUCUUUGAUCUAUUUGACUAUGGUAAAACAAAGAACAAUAAAAACAUAUCACAAAGUGUCUCUAGUCAAUCAGUGGAGACUAAUCCUAAUAUAGUCAUACCUGAAGAAACUAAUCUAACAAUUAAAAGUUCUUUUGAAACAGAAGAAUCAGAUGGGCAAUCUGGUCAGCCUCCAUUUUGUACAUCCUAUCAAAACGAAGAUGUAGUGUUAAAUGAUCUGAAGAGUGGCAACAACCAUGACGUUCUUCCACAGGAGUCCCAGGGAAACUUCUCCCAAAUAAGCGCUAACAUUCAAAAAACAGCUGUACCUGCUGAACAGAAGUGUGCCCUUGACAUUACCUUUGAGUCUGUGUCUAACUUAAGUGAUUUUAACCAAAGAGGAAGCGCUACUGAAUGUGAUGAACAUUGUUCUGAGUUAUACACCAGUCAGAUGCCCACUGACGCUGGAGCGGCUGUGGGUGAAGAGAGUUCUCUGUCUCCAGAUUCACUGAACCAGUCUCAGUAUCAGCCUGAUCAGCCCCGCGUGCCAGUCACUUCAUUUGUAUCUCUUGGUGGUGAGACCAAUGACAAAAACUUAAUUCUCUCGGGGAAAAAUUCCCAGCUUUUGUCCCAAAGUACUCCACUAACUGGAAAGCCAUCUAAAAGUCAAUUUUGUGAAAAUUCUAAUAAUAUAAUAAAAGUAAAAACUAAUUCUCAUGCUUCUGAGUCACCAGAUUCUAGUGACACUCACAGCAGUAAAGAUGAAACUAACAGUAAAUCACCAGUUGCUGCCCAGACACAACCAGAUUGCCAAGAUAAUUCUCCACUGCAAAGCAGAACAUCUCCUGUGAUUAUUGAAGGUUUAGGUGUAAAUGUGACUGAAAAAAUAGAAAUUAGUAUUGAAGAAACAUCCCCUUCAGAUAAACAGCUACCUAAUGAUUCAGCUUCUGUUGACUUAAAUCCUAUGGGAAGCGAGUCAGAGCCACUUCAGUCUGAGAACACUCAAGAGCCUCCUUCUGUGAAAGAUGGAGAUACUAUUUUUCUCUCUUUGAGUGGACAUAACGGCUGUGAAGAAGUUGCACUGGUUCCUGGAGAAGGUAAUCCUGUAAAAAAUAAUCAUUCACUUUCUUCAGAAUCUGGUGGUUCGGUGGGAGUCUCUGCUGAGACCCAAAAUACUGAUGGCAAAGCUAGCGACCCAGCAGAGGUAGAUGCGUCAAGCAUUGUCUCUCUCAAAAUCAUCAUUAGUGAUGACCCAUUUGUUUCCUCAGAUGCAGAGCUUAACAGUGCUGUGUCUAGUAUCAGUGGAGAAAACUUACCAACGAUAAUUCUGUCUUCUAAAUCUCCUGCCAAAAAUGCAGAAUUCGUUACAUGCCUAUCUUCAGAAGAAACUGCAAGUGCUGUUGUAUCUGUUGAAGUAGGUGAUUCUGGCUCCAUGGAGCAGAACCUUUUAGUGCUCAAACCUGAGGAACCCACGGUAAACAGCACUCAGAAUGAAGAUGGCAUUGCUUUUUCAGCCAAUGUUGCACCAUGUGUUCCUAAGGACGGAGGAUUCAUACAAUUGAUGCCUGCUACAAGCACGGCGUUUGGCAAUUCAAGUAACAUUCUGAUAGCUACCUGUAUGACUGACCCAACAGCCUUGGGACCAACUGUCAGUCAGUCUAAUGUAGUAGUGUUGCCCGGGAGUUCUGCACCUUUGACUGCACAGCCUCCUCCACAGCAGUUACAGACGCCACCUAAGUCUAACAGUGCAUUUGCUGUCAGCCAAGCCGUGUCACCAAACUUUUCACAAGGAUCUGCCAUCAUAAUUGCUUCUCCAGUACAGCCUGUUCUUCAAGGAAUGGUGGGGAUGAUACCUGUGUCUGUAGUUGGACAGAAUGGAAAUACAUUCUCCACUCCUCCUCAGCAGGUCCUUCAUAUGCCUUUAGCAGCACCUGUUUGUAAUAGAAGUAUCACUCAAUUCCCCAUUCCUCAAAAAUCCCAGAAGGCUCAGGGACUCAGAAACAAGCCUAUUACAGGAAAACAGGUAAAUAAUUUGACAAGCUUGUCCAGUCUUUCAGAAGCAUGUCAUACACAAAGUAGAACUGAAGCUUCUGAUAAGAAUACAGCCACUGAACUUGGGAAAAAAAUGGAAGACACUACAAUUCCCCUAUCAGCAGAGAGGGUAGCUCCUCCCAGCAGGCCAUUUGAAAGUCAUAGGCGGGUGCUUUGUUUUGAUAGUACUGUUUCUUCUGUUGCAAAUACACAGGGGCCACUAUAUAAAGUGACCUCCCAAAACAAAGAAAAGAAGGAAACAUCUUUUCCUCGCCUUGACUCACCCAUUCUGUCCUCUACCUUAAAAUCACCUACUAAUAAUGCCAUCAAGAGAGAGAGGGAAAAAACUGUGCCCAAGAUUUUAUCUAAAUCAGAAACUGCCUCCAGUCGACACACCACUGUGAAAGAAGUCCAGUCUGAAAAGAAAGUUUCCCCCAUAGAAACGACCCUUGAAUCUUUCCAUAAAGCAACAGCAAACAAGGAGAAUGAACUGUGCAGUGAUGGGGAAAGGCCGAAGAAUCCAGACACCUCAAAACUGCCUGGCGGGCAGCAGAAUGGGAGCUUGAAGAAUGAAAAAGCCAUGGCCUCACUGCAGGAAUUGACCAGAAAACAAGCCACACCCUCAAACAAUAAAAAUGCCACUACUGUAAGUGGGACUGUGAAGGAUCAAAAACAAGAGCAGAGUAAACCUGCCGGCUCGUUAACUGGGCUAGAAACUCUGCAGGAUGUUCCACUACACAACCCAGCAAAUAGGACUGCUGAUAGUGACUUGCCGGGACCCCGGACGACUGGCGCAGGAGCAGGAGAAAAGCAUAAAGAAGAGCCUACUGACAGUAUGAAGGCCCCUGCUAGUAGACGCUGUGGUGAGGAAGGCAGCGUGCCCAGAGCAAUGAUCCCAGCUGUCACUGCUGACUUGCCUGCCUGCAGCCCAGCCAGUGAAACGGGCAGCGAAAACAGCGUGAGCAUGGCUGCCCACACGCUCAUGAUUCUCUCUAGAGCAGCAAUUGCUAGGACUACAGCAACUCCUCUAAAAGAUAACACGCAGCAAUUUAGAACAUCUUCAAGGAGCACUACGAAGAAACGAAAAAUUGAGGAAUUAGAUGAGUGUGAGAGGAACUCCCGCACUUCUAGUAAAAAUCUUGCAAAUUCAUCAGUACCAAUGAAAAAGAAGAAAAUCAAGAAAAAGAAGCUACCUAGUUCAUUUCCAGCAGGAAUGGAUGUGGACAAGUUCUUGCUAUCACUGCAUUAUGAUGAGUGAAGGACACCCUGACAUAGAGACCAGUAGCUAUUUAAAACUAGUGUCCUUCAGACUGCGCGUAGGAAAUGGGAUAGAGACAGACUGCAAACAUGACCUGCACUUUGACUGUACUGAGGUUUCACUUUAUAUCUAAGUCAUGCUGUUUCUGAAGCAGCUUCCUAGUUUGUAAAUAGACUUUCAUGGAAUAUUUGUAUUUUAGACAAAAAGAACAUACGCAGAAAUGUAAGUAAACCCUGUCUGCAAAACUGUAUAGCUGUGACACUGUAUAUUGUACAUGUGUACAUUGUGUAAAAUAGAGCUUAAAUCAACCUAACGUUCCCACACUGUCUUGAUUGACUUCCUGUGAUGCCCGAGGCUUAUUCUUCUGGAGUAGUUUCUCAUCUCCUUUGGAGGAAGAUGAUGAUUAUUCUUAUAAAUUACCUUCAGCCAAUACUAGAUAAGCCACUAAGUAAAAAAUAAUAAUGAUGACCACCUCAACUGGUUAGUAAAAUAUCUAAUCAGAAAACAACAGUUUGAUGAUUUCCCCCUAGAGUCAAUAUUUUAUCACCCUAAAUAAAUUUCAGUAAAAUCUAUAUUUCUGAAGUUUUAUACUUUAUUCUGAUCAUCUAUCCUCUUUGUUUUAAAGAGAUUUUUAUAAACCAUUUAUUAAGUGUUCUGAUAUUUCACUUACAACUUUUUGAAAUUUUUUACAGAACAUUAAGUGGUUAGACUAUUGAGCCAUAAAAAUUUGAGUUGUGUAGUAGUCGAGAUUUCUUGAUUAUAUGUAAACUUUCCCUAAGCACUGGGAAUACAAAGAAUUGCACUAAUUCAUAGACUUUUCAUAUACUAGUGACCAAUGCACAUUAAUUUAAAUCUUGUAUGUAAAAGCUUAUAUGGAGGAUUGUCUUCUGGUGUCUUCGAAAGUCAUGUCCAUCUUAAGAUGUAAAAAUGAAAAUCAUAGUUAUAUUGUAAUUUAGUUUACCCUCAAAUGGGAUAUGUAAAUAACUGUGUUUAUACAUAACCUAUAGAACCUCGCGUUCUUUAAAGUGUUAUAAAUAAUUACUCUCAAAAGGUCCUUAGGGGAGUGAGAGGUGCCUUCUCUGUUAGACUGACUCAUAAACAACAGUCAAGUUGAAAAGCUGGCUUAAACUUUAAAGGAAUGACAGAAAUUAUCAUUAAUACUUGACCGAUUGUGCCUAGAUAUUGAAGUGUUUUCUUAAGUUCUUACUGCUUAAAUAUCAGUAUAUUAAGGUUUUUUUCUACGGGUGUAUAUUUUAUUAAAAAGUCACUUUCUUCAACCAUUUUUUGUACUGGGCCUUUAAGAAAUAAAUCCAUCCAACUGUAACAACAAAAAACGUCUUCAAUAUAUAAAUUAUGUCUUUUUACUUGCUAGAUUUUACUGUACAGAUUUAUAUUUUGAGAAAUUUUAUAUGACUAUGAUAUAUACCUAAGGGACUAAGCAUACAGCUAAUGUUUAUAUAACUCAGCUUGGGUCUAUCCUACGGUUAGGUUUGAAUAAAUAUAUUUUCAUUAACUUUA